AUGGAGAUACUGCUCAUCGUUCGCUUUUGCUGUAACUGCACCUACGCGUUGCUGUAUAAGCCUAUAAAUCGAGUUACAAGAAGCACCAAUGUGUUACAAGAUCUGCUGAAGCACACGCCGACCGAUCACCCCGAUUACCCGCUGCUACAGGACGCCCUUCGGAUUUCCCAGAAUUUCCUCUCCAGCAUCAACGAGGACAUUGAUCCUCGCAGAACGGCCGUCACUACCCCGAAAGGAGAGAACCGCCAGCUGGUCAAGGAUGGUUUCUUGGUUGAGGUGGCGGAGGGGUCUCGCAAGCUGCGCCACGUUUUCCUCUUUACGGACGUUUUGCUCUGCGCCAAGUUGAAGAAGACGGGCGUCGGAAAACAUCAGCAAUACGAGUGCAAGUGGUACAUCCCGUUGGCCGAGCUGGUCUUCCCCUCCUUGGAAGAGUCUGACCUGUGUCCGCACGUCCAGGCCAUGCCUGACCACGACCUGGAAGACAUGAAAAUAAAGAUUUCCUCGAUGAAGAGCGAAGUGCUGAAGGAGAAGGCCAAUAAAGGCCAGAGCCGAGCCAUGGAGCGCCUGAAGAAGAAAAUGUUUGACAACGAGUUUUGGCUGCUGCUCAACUCGCCCUCCAUCCCCUUGCGCAUCCACAACCGCAACGGCAAGAGCUACCUAUUCCUUCUGUCCUCGGACUACGAGCGGUCGGAGUGGAGGGAGGCGAUCCAGAAACUGCAGAAGAAAGAUCUCCAGACCUUUGUGCUAAGUUCGGUGGAGCUGCAGUACCUGAUGGGAUCCUGUUUCAAGUUACGGACGGUGCACAACAUCCCUCUGACCAGCAACACGGACGAUGACAAACCUUUAGGAAUGUGCGGCUUUUUGCACGUGAUCGUCCACUCGGUCAAGGGCUUCAAGCAAUCUGCCAACCUCUACUGCAGCCUUGAAGUGGAUUCCUUUGGGUACUUUGUCAGCAAAGCCAAAACACGAGUGUUCCGGGACACAACGGAGCCGCAGUGGAACGAGGAGUUUGAGAUAGAGCUGGAAGGCUCCCAGUAUCUGCGCAUUCUCUGCUACGAGAAAUGUUACGACAAGACCAAGCUGAACAAAGACAACAAUGAAAUUGUCGACCGGAUCGUGGGCAAGUGGCAGGUCCAGUUGGACCCCCAGACGGUGCAGACGAAAAACUGGCAGGUGGACGUGAUCGAGAUGAACGGGGUGAAAGUCGAAUUUUCGAUGAAAUUCACCAGCCGGGAUAUGAGCCUCAAGAGGACCCCCUCGAAAAAGCAGACAGGGGUCUUCGGAGUCAAAAUCAGCGUGGUCACUAACACAGAUAUCCUGGUUAUGCUGAGUGACAUGGAUAUCAACGCCAUCGCGGGGACCCUGAAGCUGUACUUCCGCGAACUGCCGGAACCUCUGCUGACCGACCGGCUCUAUCCGACGUUUAUGCAGGGCAUCGACAGCACAGAUAUCCUGGUUAUGCUGAGCGACAUGGAUAUCAACGCCAUCGCGGGGACCCUGAAGCUGUACUUCCGCGAACUGCCGGAACCUCUGCUGACCGACCGGCUCUAUCCGACGUUCAUGCAGGGCAUCGCGCUUUCCGACCCCUCGGCCAAGGAAAACUGCAUGCUGCAUCUUCUACGGUCCCUUCCGGACCCCAACCUCAUCACCUUCCUCUUCCUCCUAGAACACUUAAAACGGGUUGCCGAGAAGGAGCCCGUCAACAAAAUGUCGCUGUACAAUCUGGCCACCGUCUUCGGCCCGACGUUGUUGAGACCCUCGGAAGUAGAGAGCAAAGGGCAUGUCAUGCUGGCCUCCGACAUCUGGUCCCACGAUGUGAUGGCGCAGGUUCAAGUCCUGCUGUACUAUUUGCAACACGCGCCCAUCUCCUUCGCCGAGCUGAAACACAAUGCCGUCUACUUCUCCACGGAUGUGUAGCGGGC